CAGACAACAAGAAAGGGAGAACCUCAAGGUCUGAUUUUUUUUUUAAGAUUCCAGAAGUUCAGAGGACAACUUUAUUGAAGAAUGGGAUCUGUCGGAGUUCAGAUUGUGUGUGUGGGCCUUGGGCUGCUCGGUCUUGUCGGGGUCAUCGUGUGCUGCGCCGUCCCGCGCUGGAAGGUGUCCUCCUUUACAGGAAACAACAUCCUGACUGCUGAGAGUAACCAUGAGGGCCUGUGGACGCAGUGCGUGAUGCAGAGUACCGGCCAGCAGCAGUGCAAGAACUUCGACUCCCUGCUCGUAUUGCCUUCUGACCUGCAGGCCGCCCGCGCCAUGACCAUUAUCAGCUGCAUGCUCAGCAGUCUCAGCCUCCUCAUCCUCUUCUGCGGGGCCGACUUCACCACCUGCGUGCAAAACGAAGACGUCAAGCCUAAGAUCAACAUAAUGUCCGGGGUGGGCCUGCUGCUGGCUGGCCUCCUGGUCAUCAUCCCUGUCAGCUGGUCCGCUCACAACUUGGUGAGAGACUUCAACAACCCCCUUGUUGUGUCAAAUAGGAGGGAGCUGGGAGCGUGCAUCUUUAUCGGGUGGGGUGCCGGCGUGCUGCUGCUCCUGGCUGGAGGUCUGCUCCUCUGCUUCAGCAGGCCAAAGUCAGGCGGCUCUGGUGGAACCGCCAAAUACUACCACAACAGUGCAUCCGCCCCAAACAAAAACUACGUGUAGUGUUUUUAUGAAGGGGAGUAGCGGAGGGGGAUGUAUUUGGUAAAAGUCUGGCGAGCAACAAAGUGCAGGAGUUGUUUUGUUUUGAAACAUAAAAAGUCAAUGUAAAUACUUUAUAAUAAAAACCUCCAAUGUUUUUCUGCAUAUAUUCAUAGUUAGACUGCUGAUGUUCUCUGGUGCUGCUUUAGCAAUCGGUGAAGGGUUCCACAUACGCUCUUUGAAAGGGAAACUUAAUAGAACCAGCUGUAAAUUAAAGGUCAAAGCAACAUUUUGCUGAUGAUUUUAACCUGUGUACAAAACAAAUACCUCCAUUUACCUCCAUUCAAUUUGACUUUUUAAAGUGGUAUUCAAGGGUUAACAGAAUGAAAUGCACUAUAAUGCAAUUGUGUAAAAAAAAAAAAAAAAAAAUGUAUUUGUUAUUUGUUGCUACAAAAUUAGCAGAUAAAUAAAGGUCAACAACAUUUCAGGAACAAACAACAGCCAUCGGGCCUUUUUGAUGCACUAGUGCUUCAUAUUUGAGUUUAAAUAGCCAUUCUGUCUGAAAUACUUUUUUUAAUCACCUUUCUUUUUGUCUUUAUUGAUUUUUCUGUUUCAAUUAUCGACAGUCAAGAAAAAGCUCAAAUCUGUCUUCAACCAAUUUCACCUCAGUCGUCCUCAGGGAUCAUCUGUGUGCACAUUGUUUCUCUGAUGACAGUUCCCAAACGUCCAAAUGACAUUUCAACCUUUUAUUUUAUUUUUUAUUUUUUUAAAUAUAUGUCAUAUUCUCACUUUGGUUUUUUUUUGUCUCAUUUUGUAUGUUCAUGAUUAUACAUAAUUAAAAUCUGG